UCUGCGCGCAUUACAGUUGAGUCCACAGCGUCCACCGUAUGAACUCUCCUUUUCGUUACUUCAAAGACUUUCCCUCACUCCCCUUUUCUCUUUCAAUGUUCUUCCCCGAUUCCCACCCAUUUUCCCACCUAUUUUCCCGGAAAAUUUGAACUCUCAACCCGGAAAAUUCCCGCACUGAGUCUCCCUUCCUAAAUAAUCCGCUCAGGGCCAAAUGGGUUGUCGUUAUUUCUUGGGGAGAUUACCUCUGGCACUGGCUCUGUUUCACAUUCUCUUCCUCUUUGAUUCUUCUUCAGCUCUUCGGGAGGGGCGUACGUGUAUUUUGAACAGAAACUGUGACGCCGGAUUGCAUUGCGAGACCUGCUUCGCCGACGGCAAUGUCCGGCCGCGCUGCACUAGAAUCCAGCCGAUAAGUCCGAUUUCGAAGGUGAAUGAUCUUCCGUUUAAUCAUUACGCAUGGUUGACGACCCACAACUCGUUCGCGAAAUUAGGGGCGAAAUCGGCUACUGGGUCUCUGAUUCUUGCUCCGACGAAUCAACAGGACUCCAUUACUAGUCAGCUCAAUAAUGGUGUUAGAGGAUUUAUGCUUGAUAUGUACGACUUUGAAAAUGGUAUAUGGUUAUGUCACUCUUACGGAGGCCAAUGCUUCAAUUAUACAGCUUUCCAACCUGCCAUUAAUGUUCUCAAAGAGUUCCAAGCAUUUCUUGAAGCAAACCCUUCCGAGAUCGUCACCGUCAUCAUUGAAGACUAUGUCACGUCGCCAAAGGGCUUAACCAAUGUGUUUGGUGCUGCUGGUCUGAGAAAAUUCUGGUUCCCAGUAUGGAGAAUGCCCAAGAAUGGUGGAGAUUGGCCCAUGGUUAGCGACAUGGUUCGGAAAAACCAACGUUUGCUCGUUUUUACUUCGAAAGCUUCGAAAGAAGCCUCUGAAGGAAUUGCAUAUGUAUGGAGAUACAUGGUUGAAAACCAAUAUGGGGAUGGAGGAAUGAUGGCAGGUUCGUGCCCGAACCGAGGUGAAUCGCUACCGAUGAACACGACUUCAAGGUCGCUUAUAAUCGUAAAUUUCUUCAGAAGUGCUUCGAAUUUCCCUGAAGCUUGCAAGGACAACUCGGCUCCAUUACUCAACAUGGUGAACACCUGCUAUAAUGCAGCAGGAAAUAGAUGGCCUAACUUCAUUGCUGUUGACUUCUACAAGAGGAGCGACGGGGGAGGAGCUGCCAAAGCCGUCGACGUUACGAACGGUCACUCUGUUUGUGGAUGUCCAAACAUUUCAAGUUGCAAGGAGAAUAUGAGGUUUGGAGGCUGCGAGUUACCCAAGGCAAUCGAUGCAGAAGCAUCCUCAUCCUUAGCAGCAGAGACGCCAAGCAGCUCUGCUGAAUCAAAUGGUUGCUCAGCUCUAUUUGUUGGCUUCAUUGCCACACUGCUUGCACCACUCGUUCUCCUCUCACUCGAGAAAUUUCAUGUCUAAGUAACUCGUACACGUUGGGUUGGAUUGGGUUGGGUUGUGUUCAAAUAAAUUAAGGAUUCGUAAGCUCUUUGGGGAAGCGGGCCAACUCAAAUUUAUUAAUUUGAGAAAAAGAAUAUACAUUUUUACUUAAAACUCCAAACAUCCCAUUGAAGAA